AAAAUGGCGAAUAGCUGGGGCAGCAAGCGCAUUGGAACUCUCAGAUGUCUGUUGUGUUGUUGUUGGUGGAGGAUUACAUAUCCAAUCAUUGUUUGGUCAGUCGGAUAUGCUUGUGGUUGGGAGAGGAGCAUGAGGGUGCACUGGCAGAAGAACAGGUUGCAACCAUCGGGAUCGGCAGAACAAUUUUGGGGCACCGAGACCAACAGAUAAGAGCAUUCAGACUGACCCACAUAUACUUGAUGCUAUCUGGGAGGUGAUAAUCAAGGACUUCACUGCAGCACAGUUGAUGAAUGCCACUUUCAUCAACGAGUGGUUCCAGAUGAGGCUCAGACCAUUGUUUUCAUCAGCAUCCACAGACUUUCUAUCCAGCCUCAGUUUCACAAAAUUCAGCUGUGAGACCUACCAAAUUGUUGUGAAAGCUCUCAGUAGUCAAGAAUCACUCAUGACAGAGAAACAGAAGCAGCUGGUCUUUUCUUCAUUCAUCUUUCCUUUCCUCUCAAAAGAUGGCUCACCAGAUCCUGGCUGUGUUUCCACAACUUCAGGCAGCAAUGACUGGCUUUUAACGAACCUUGGCAGUUUCUUCAAUUAUGCCACCUUGACAGAGCUGAAGAUUUUAAAUGCAAAUUUCUCUAGUGUUGCAGUGUUUGGUUUACUGUCCAUUGAGCAGAAGGCUCAGUUCAUCUUGCAGCCGGAUACAGGAGUGUUGGAAAAUGACUUAGUGAUUAGAGAGGUGUUUAGCAGUAUGAUCGCAUCUUUUGAUCUCAAUCAACUUGGCAUGUUCUUCACAAACUUCAGCCAGACUGCAAAACAAAUGAACCUCACUAGCAUUCCUUCAGCAAUUUCAGACACCAUUCUGAACAUAACACUCUUAGAUCUGGUGCCUCACUUCCAACAUUUCAGCCCAGAGGACUUUGCCCUGUGGUUCCAUAAUUACCUUUCCAUCUUACUUCCUGGUAUUGGUUCAAACACCCUGUCGAUCAUCCCCAUGACCAUCGGCUGUGAAUCCUACAGAGAGAUAGUGAAAGGACUUGAUAAUGUGUACCGUGACCUCUCUGCAACACAGUCCAUCACUGUUUUCAAUUACAUACAAGACUAUCUCAAGUACCAGUCCAGCCAAGGCCUGAGUUGCUAUGGUGGUGGAAGCUUUUACAUGUUCCUGAAACAGUUGUUCCUCAGUUUUGGAUUCCCUGACCUAAUAGACUUCCUGUCUCUUAUCCCAGAUGACCGACAGACAGAGCUCUUGAGCUCCAUCUCUCCAGAAGAACUUGGUGAGUUUCUGAACAGACCGAACACAGUUGUUAAUGGUUCCCAGCUCUGCACACUACUUGACAAGUACAGUAGGACCAAUCAGUACCUGGAGAUGGAGCCUGUUUUGUCCUCAGUUCUGGCCAGCCAAACAUUGGAGUGUGUGUGGCCUCGUGCUCUCAGUGCCUCAACUCAGGCUGAUGUAGAACAGUGGUUUAAUGUUAUACUGGUUCACUACCUGCCCUACCUCAGAUCUCAGCUCAUCAGCUCCACCCAGCUCAGUGGUGCCUCUUGUCUGUCAUACAGGAAACUGGUGUCUAUCCUGGGGGACAACUUUAAUUUUUCUGCAGCUGAUUUCUCCCCAGCUGAUGUGUACAGCUCUAUAAAAGUGUAUCUGAGAAGUGGCAGUAAGAAUAACUACAUUUUUCUUGUUUCUUUUUUCUAGUUCUCUCUGUACAAGCAUUUCCUUUGUUUGUGUGUGCACUACAUGGGUGUCUCAACAUGUGAUUGUGUAUUUUGC